UCCACCCCUGCAUUGCUGACCAUGCUAUUAUCUGUUGCAGUUGCUUCAGUGUUGUUUGUGCUUGUUGCAAAGGUUUUUUAUAAUGGAGGAGGCAAAAAACUUCCUCCAGGAAGUUUGGGUUUCCCUUUGAUAGGAGAGACCAUUGGAUUCCUGAAUGCGCUAAAAAAAAAUGAAUGCGACAAGUGGGUUGCAGACAAGGUUGCCAAACAUGGCCCCAUUUUUAAGACCUCCUUGAUGGGCAUUCCAACAGCCGUCCUCACUGGCCCAGAGGGAAACCGCUUUGUCUUUCAGAAUGACUAUCACACCAUCGUUAACAGCCAGCCCAGGACUUUUAUGAAGAUUUUUGGCUCUAAAAAUAUCACUGAGCUUUUUGGAGAGGAGCACAAGCGGAUAAGAAAUGCUAUCAUGACAUUCAUGAGGCCAGAAGCUUUACAGAAAUGUGUUGCCAGAAUGGAGUCGGUUGUGCUGGAGCAAUUUGAAGAGAAUUGGGAAGGAAGAGAAAGUUUACUUGCUUAUCCGUUGGUGAAGCAACUUACUUUCUACAUUGCCUUUGAUAAUUUCUUCGGUUUGAAGGACUCUAAAGAGAAGGAAAUUCUUAACCAAGAAUCUAUUGCACUCAUCAAGGCAAUAUGGUCUCUUCCUUUGAAUUUCCCAGGAACCACUCUUAACAAAGGCUUGAAAACUCGUGCUCGUGUACUCAAGAGGCUAAAUUCCAUGGUGAAUUUGAGGAGGAGGGAGAUUGCCGAGGGAAAGACUGCACCAGACCAAGAUUUAAUGUCAUGUUUGAUAACUAUGAAGGAUGACGAUAAUAAGUCCCUUACUGAUGAAGAGAUCAUCGACAACAUGCUCGUGCUCAUGAUAGGAGGUCAUGACACUACUGCUAGUCUUUUAGCCCAGCUUGUUAGAAUGUUGUAUCUGAACCCUCAUGUGUACAAAAGCGUACUCGAAGAACAAACAGCCAUUCGAGCAGCAAAGCAACCAAAUGAACCGCUGGUAUGGGAGGAUGUUAGAAAAAUGGAAUACACACACAAGGUGGUUAAUGAAACUUUACGUAUGGUACCCCCAACUGUUGGUGGAUUCAGGAUGACAGUUGCAGAUGUCCAAUAUAAGGGUUAUACUAUUCCUAAAGGAUGGCAGAUUUUUUGGGAGUCGACCACCACUCAUUUCAAUGGAGAAUAUUUCAAAGAUCCAAGAACGUUUGAUCCAACUCAUUUUGAUAAUAAACCUCCACCUUAUACUUUUAUAGCAUUUGGAGCAGGAGCUAGACUUUGUGUGGGGUAUGAGUUUGCAAGGAUGCAAUCAAAGAUAUUUCUGCAUCAUUUGGUAUGCAAAUACAAAUGGUCUAUGAUAAACCCUCAUGAGAAAAUCGCAUCUGAACCACUUCCAGUUCCAUGCGAAGGAUUACCCAUCAAUAUUCAAGUUAGGAAAAAUUAAUCAUGUUUUCUAGGGUAGUAUGGUUUCACUAAGACAUUGUCUCUAGUUGCAUGGUUGUGUAAAACUUAUUUUCUAGUCUCUCUACACGUCUUCUAAUAAAUUGUUCGUGAAAUAUAUCUAUGUAUGUGUCCUAGUAGGAAAUACUUUAGUUAAAGUAUUGUAGUCUUUGAUGAAUGAGGUUUCGUUGAAUCCAAUUGCUCCAAGGAUCACCCAUAAAAAUAAAGGUU